AUGAAGGGUUACUGCUCGUAUUCACCCGCCGAUGCGAAUAUCCUGCAAAAUGCUGCUUGGGAUAUCACUAACAAAAAUGCAAAUUUCGUGAAAGACAACACGUUCAGUGGCUGUAUUCCGUUGAAACACGUUUUCGGUUUUUGCGAAGACUACAAGCGAAUAUUGAUAAAUUGCAGUCAACAACUAAUAUUGAAUAGAUCGAUGUCGGAUACGAGCGCACUACAUUAUACCAGCGUGGUGGGCGGGGACAUGGCUACCUCGUCGGUUAAGGCGUUGGUGGCGAAAGUCAAAGUUCAGCUAACGCGAGUGUUGUGGAAAGUACCAGUGAUUAAAGUCGACGAUCGGGAGCGGUUGAAGCUGAUGAAAAUCAUCGAUAGCAAAAAAAUGAUAAAUUGCGCUUUUAGAAAUUGGGAGCUUUGCGAAUAUCCGAAUUUACCGCAAACGAGCAAAUACUCUUGGAUGGUUAAAACGUGCUCGCAGGUGGAAAAACCUAGGUGUUUAAUAAUCGUUUUUCUCACGAAUACGCCUGGAAGCGUGGCGGACGGUUACAGCGGUGAUUACGAUGCGUGUUCGCUGACAAACGUUAAAGCGUAUAUUAAUUCAUCGAAUAUCCGUAUGAAGAUUUUAACGAAAGUUUCGACAAAACCUGUUUACGAUGUUCUAUCAAAAUUACGCCGAUUUCCAAAAACAUUAUUACGAACGGGAUACCGCGCAGCCGUAUCUGUCGAGAGAAAAAUAUAA